AUGACCUCUGGCCGCAGAAAGGGCUUCGCUCAACUCAAAGCUAUCCUGCUGCGCACUGCUGGUGGAGGCCAUUCUCUCAUUCCAUCUUCAUUUCUUUUCCUCUCACCAAUGGAGCGAGCAGCCUCGGGUCCCCCAUGCUGGGGAAUCGACAUUCCAGAUGAACUCUAUAACACUCUGCGCCCGCAUCUGGCACAAUUUCGGGACAGCGUGACUUCAGCAGACCCUGAUUAUAUUCAACCUAAGGAAGAGCGAUGCAUUUCUCUUGAAAAGUCUGCAUUGUUUCUCAACCAUUUGAGCCAGUCUGAGGUGGAAGAUAGCUUGGUUGAAGCUACUGUUGGCUCUUUUCAGCGCACACUCCUGUCGAACACAGACAUCCACAGCCUAGCAACUCAACUCGACGCUGCAGCUCGCGAUCACCUACUAGAAGCAUACUUACGCUUCAGUCACCAUGCUCACCCGGGACCCAGCUCGGGCCUUUUCAGCGCAGCAAAAUAUGGCCAAGCUUCCCUGUUGGCUGUCUUUGGUGGCCAGGGAACACAUAAUCCUACCGGGCUAGAUGACCUACGCAAUCUGUACAAAAUAUACAAGCCAUUCAUUGAUGAACUAGUAACAUCAGCCGCGAACACACUCACGAAAAUCACUCUGAACUUGGAGGUCCCCAACCACUUUGGCCUCAAUGGGUUUGACCUUUUGAGGUGGCUCGAGCAGCCCGAGCUUGCCCCCUGCUCAGCAUUUCUCGCGACCGCUCCCGUCAGCUUUCCCAUCAACGGGCUCAUCAGCCUUGCUCACUACUGUGUGUGCUGCCGUGUUUUGGGUCUACAGCCGGGCGAAGUGCGAGAUGUUUUGAAAGGAGUCACGGGUCACUCCCAGGGGAUCAUUGUCGCUGCUGCCGUGGCAGGAUCUGACACUUGGGCAGAUUUGCUGAAUGCGGUCGAGGAUUCUAUGGAAUUGCUCUUCUGGCUUGGAUGGGAAAGCCACUAUGGUACACCAAGCUGUGGCGGCUCGACACCUUCCCAAAAUAGCAAUGGUCACCGCCAGGUCUUUGCAACUUCAAUGCUCAGUGUGCGUGGGAUGAAGAGAACUGCCCUGGAGCGAGUUCUAGGGGACUGUAACAUGCACCUUGGUGAUAGUGAGAAGGCAUACCUGGCGCUUGUGAAUGCCUCGGAUUCAAUGGUCAUUUCUGGGCCUGAAAAAACCCUCUAUGGCCUUCGGGCUAUCUUAGAGCGGCACAGUGCUCCUCCCAACUCCAAUCAGGACAAACUCCGGUUCUUCGAUCGACGCCCACUUAUCAACUGUCAGUUCUUACCCAUCUCUGCAGCCUUCCAUUCACCACAUCUGGACGUUGUCUACCGUCGUGUCAUGAAUCGUAUCGGGUCCGCUGGUUUGUUUGAUGGUCUCGAUUUGAAAAUCCCAGUCUAUCACACCUUUACUGGAGAGGAUUUCCACGUCGCCUUAUGUGAAGACCCACUGCCGAUUUUGAUUCGAGCGAUACUUUGCGAACCUGUCGAUUGGCCCAAAGUAUGCAUGCAAACAUCAACCACACAUAUCCUCGACUUUGGUCCAGGCCGAACCAGUACGCUUGUGCAGGAUCAUGUCAUUGGAGCGGGUCGCCGAAUUAUACUUGCUUCCGAAUGUAUGGUCUCAUCACCCACAGUCGGAGGCAAGCACGAAAUUUUCUCCUCACACCCACCUAUCAUGAAUCCCAGCUGGAGCAAACGCUAUGGCCCAACGCUUCUUACUGAAAAGGGAUAUGGCACACGAUUGGUUACUCGCAUGACGCAGACCCUAGGAACACCUCCUAUCAUGGUCGCAGGAAUGACACCGACAACGGUGGCGCCUGACUUUGUCGCUUGUGUCAUGGCCGCGGGGUAUCAUAUUGAGCUAGCGUGUGGUGGGUACUCGCGACCACAGGACCUUCAACAAGCUAUUCAAGAACUCUCCGCGACGCUACCAACGGCUCGGGGCAUCACCCUCAAUGUGAUUUAUGCAAAUCCCCGAGCUAUCUCCUGGCAAAUUCCGCUCAUUCGCCGGCUUUGCUCUGAAGGGUAUCCUAUUGAGGGCCUCUGCAUCGGGGCUGGUGUUCCCAGUCCAGAAGUGGUGAAAGAAUACAUUGAUACACUUGGGCUAAAGCAUAUCGCAUUCAAACCUUCCUCUGUGUCAUCAAUCCUGCAGGUUCUUGACGUUGCGAGAAAUAACCCCUGUGUCCCAAUCUUGCUUCAAUGGACGGGUGGGAGAGCCGGUGGCCACCAUUCCUACGACGACUUCUACGAGCCCCUCAUCAAGACUUACGGCGCUAUUCGUCAACGUUCCAACGUAACUCUUAUCGUUGGUAGUGGCCUUGGAGACGCCCAAGGCAUGAUGCCGCUCUUCACCGGUGAAUGGGCCGAGUCUCGUGGUUAUCCUCGAAUGCCGGUGGAUGGAGUUCUGCUUGGUAGUCGAAUGAUGGUUGCCAAGGAGGCACACACCUCUACUGCUGUCAAGCGGCUAAUCGUCGACACACCGGGCGUCACUGAUGCGGAAUGGCACAAAACGUAUGACGGGCCAAUUGGAGGUGUGAUUACCGUGCGAUCUGAAAUGGGCGAGCCGAUUCACAAGAUUGCGAAUCGUGCGGUGAUGCUAUGGCACGACCUAGACAGGACAAUCUUCAGCGUCAAGGACGCUGAGAAACGUGCACAAUCACUUCUCAAACGCCGCGCUGAGAUUAUCUCUCGGCUUAACCAAGAUUUCGCCAAGCCAUGGUUUGCGAUGACAUCUUCAGGAAAGUCUGUCCAACUGGAAGACAUGACUUACGCGGACUGCCUCCAGCGCAUUACCACUCUGAUGUAUAUGCAUCAGCAGCAAGAAUGGAUCCAUGACUCCUAUCGGGUCCUUUUUCUAGACUUCGUCACUCGAGUCCAGGAGCGGUUCCGCGUGGAAGAUGAACUUGACCUAGAUCCCGAUGCGAGCCCUUUUGACCUCCUCGAGAAGCUUUUCACUGUUUGUCCCGCAGCCAUUGCGGAUAUCCUAUAUCCGGAGGAUGCCGCUUUCUUCCUAAGUCUAUGCAAACGUCGGGGUCAGAAACCGGUCAACUUCAUUCCUGUUCUUGACGCAGACUUUGAAACGUGGUUCAAGAAAGACUCUUUGUGGCAAAUGGAAAAGUUAGAAGCUGUUAUCGAUCAAGAUCCACAGCGUGUGUGCAUCAUACAUGGCCCAGUUGCCGCUGAAUUUUCCACAUCUGUCGACGAGCCUGCUGCGGAUAUCCUAAACAACAUCCAGGAUGAUUUGGUGAGGAUGGUCAAGCUCCUGAACCCGAGCCGCAGUUCUCUGAAUCUUGAUGAGGAGAAGAUUCGAAUCCAUGUUCGGCCCAAUCGUCUCUCCGUGGAUCUUAAUUUCGUGGACUUGAUAACCUCCGAAACGCAAUUGGGAACUCAGGUUGACUGUCGGUUCAAGCAAUCACUUCCUGCUGGUGGCACUCAGUUGCUCCUACAGAAGCUCGGUAUAGGGGCCCAGCACUGGCUUCAUGCCUGCUUGGGUGAUGAAACUGUUUUCGUCGGUCGUCAUCGGAAACCCAAUAGAAUUCACGGCGCUUUCUCACCUCACGCUGGAGACAGGCUGACUGUUGAGUAUCAACCAUCCAAGAAAGAGUCCCUUUUCGCGACUUUUUUUGACAAUGACCUGGGGCAACCAAAUGAUCAGCCCACCUUCACACUCACGUCUGUUGAUGGAAAAUCAAUCCGCUUUGACCUGAAAGGGCCCAAGCAUAUUUCAACAAGGGUCACCCUUAACCUUCGAAUGCAGUGCUCCGCUGGUCAGCGGUCAUUGCAUGAUCUGACGCCGACUCAGGGGACAAACAUGAGGCACUUCUACGCGUCCUGUUGGUCUCUCGAUAAAGAGCCCUUUGUUGCAGACGUCAUCACCACCGAAUUUUCCACUGGUCCUACCAUCCUUACGUCUCAGCUUGUGACUGAUUAUGUGUCUCUCAUUUCACGGGCUAAAGGUAACCAUGCUGGUACGUAUGGCGCUCUCUCAGAGGCACCCCUUGAUCUUGGUAUUGUUAUUGCGUGGAAAGUACUGUCGAGACCGCUCUUGAUUCCCGACUUGGGUGGUGAUCUUUCGCGCCUAUUGCACCUGUCCAACACCUUUGAAAUGAUGCCCGAUGCGGAACCACUGCGCGUGGGCGAUUCCUUGGAGACAAGCUCUCGAAUCACCGCGGUGACCAUCAAGCCGCAAGGGAAGCUGGUAGAGGUCACAGCAGUCAUCAAUCGCACUGGGAGACCCGUCAUGAGAAUUACAUCCGAGUUCCUCAUGCAGGGCCAAUUCCCAAAAGAUCAUCUGAACUUCCAGUAUUCAGAAGCUGAGGAAUGGACAUUGUCAUUGAAUUCCCCAAAACUCGUCGCCUUGCUUCGCAGCCGGAAGUGGUUCAAUGCAGACCCAGCGUGUCCAGAUCUCUUUGGUAAAACUCUUCAUUUUCGGGUCAAAUCUCAAAAGUCGUACACUCAGUCGAGCGAUGCGUUCUCUUUGCACACUGACGGAACUGUAUCCAUUUCUGCCAACGGGGCUUCUGGGCCCAGCGUGGGACAUGUCAUUUUCUCCCAUGAAUCUUGCUCUGGGGAUCCUGUUAUUGAUUUCCUCCAACGACACGGCUCUUCAAUGCGCCAACCACAGCAGCUCGACCAUCCCGGAUGGCGUACCACCGAUCCUUUGCUACUGCGGGUAUUGGAUCUUGGCCCCGAAUAUUCAGCGCUUUCAACGGAUCACAACCCGAUCCAUGUCUCAAAUUCUUUUGCGGGCUUUUCUGGCUUAUCGGCGCCGAUUGUUCACGGAAUGUACACUUCUGCCGUUGUUCGCAGCAAAGUGGAAGAGCAUCUGAUGGGCAACGCUUGCUCCAGCUUCCGUCGGUGGGCCACCACAUUUGAAGAUGUUGUUCGGGGAGACGAUUUGUUGCGUGUGGAGAUUCACCAUAAGGCAAUGAUGGCUGGAAAUAUGCUUCUCGAUAUUCAAGUGUGGAACAACGACACAAAUAACAAGGUGCUGACCGCAGAAGCCGAAAUUGAGCAGGUCCGAACGGCCUAUCUCUUUUGCGGUCAAGGGAGUCAAAAGAAGGAUAUGGGUAUGGCAUUGUACGAGACUGAUGACGCUGCGAAGGCUGUAUGGGACAAGGGGGAUCGUUACCUAUUCGAACUCUACGGGUUCUCUCUGCUUGACAUUGUGCGCAACAACCCGAAAAAGCUCACAGUUCACUUUGGCACAAAACGGGGGCGACAAAUUCGGGCCAGCUACCUCUCGCUCACCCGCACGGAAAUCGUCAGCAACCAGGAAAUCACAGUGCCAGUCAUCGGCGGGCUGACCGAAAAGUCCACGUCCAUCACAUUCGAGGAGCCCAAUGGACUCUUAUUCUCCACGCAAUUUGCACAGCCCCUAAUUAGUCUACUCAAUGUGGCCGAAAUGGCUGCUCUUGACGCUCGCGGUCUUGUCCAGGAUGGUUCAGCGUUUGCCGGUCACUCCCUCGGCGAAUACAGUGCCCUGCUUGCCUGUGCUGGCUUCAUGACUCUGGAGAAUCUGCUCAGCUUAACAUUUUACCGCGGAUUAGUGAUGCAGUAUCAAAUGAGUCAAGAUGCUGCCGGUCGGACUGACUUUUCAAUGGCGGCAGUGAAUCCUUCUAGGGUGCGCAAAGGAUUCAACGAAUCUUCGCUGAAGUGCCUUGUGGGUGUCAUUGCCCGCGCCACCGGGGUAUUGCUGGAAGUCGUCAACUACAAUGUCGCUGGGCAGCAGUAUGUUUGCGCCGGUCAUCUCCGAUCGCUCUGGCUACUCCAACAAGCGUGUGAUGACCUUUCAUUAUCCUCGCAACAACAAUUACCUACAUCCCAGGAUAUUCAGGCAGCUGUCGAUCGGCACCUAGCGGCCGCUACUGCGCUCCGCGAACCUAUUCAGCUGGAGCGUGGCCGGGCUACUAUCCCUCUGCCGGGUGUUAAUGUACCUUUCCACUCGAGUUACCUGCGUGGCGGAAUUCCUGUGUAUCGCCAGUACCUACAGGGCAAAAUCCGCCAGGAGGAUAUUGCGGUUGACCGACUGGUCGGAAGAUACAUUCCCAACCUCACGGGCAAGCCGUUUUCAGUCAGUCGUGAAUAUGUAGAGGAAGUCGCGAGGGUGACUGAUAGUCAGGUUCUCACUCAGUUAUUGGUAGAUUGGAUCAGUUAA